CGAACUACAAGAACAGUAUAAAGUCAGUAGCCUAUUUAGCUCCAGGUGAAAAUCUAACAUUCGAACUCGAUCCGAAUUAUUUCCAGUAUCGAUACGUGAUAUUAAAAAGCCAAUAUCGUUCGGCGUACUAAAACUUAUUCUUUUACAGAUGAACUCUACGAUGAUUCGCUGCUUUAUUAUAUUUUUACUUCUGAUGAGCAUUUUUUGUUCUCUAUCUGUUGCUAAGAGAAAGAAUUCGAAUCAACUGUUGAAUGGUGCCCACUUAAUAUUUGCAGCAACUCAUUUCCCGCCCCACAACGUGUUGACUUUGAGCCCUGAUGGAAAUUACACCGACACCGGAAGUACCCCGUUAUUCUUCGCCUGGCUCACAGAAAAACUAAAUUUUACGAUUUCUCAUCAUUAUCUAUCACGAAAAAUGACUGAAUCUCAGUUUGGGACCAUGAGCGACAUUUCUAUUCUUCUGAAACUCGUCGCCGAGAAAAAAGUCGAUGGGUCAGCUAGAAUGAUAACUGAGACUUUAGAGAGAAGAAAGUUGGUGGACUUUGCGUAUUUCAUGUGGGCGGAACCGAUAGCUAUGGUGGUCCCUCGACCAGGAGAAGAGCCUCGACUCUUUGCCUUCGUUCGUCCGUUUCAACUACCGGUAUGGACUUUCAUCCUAAUUGCGACGCUCGCCAUUGUGGGUUCGUUGACCGCAUUCGCUAGAAUUUACUCAAAGUUAUCCAUAUCCAUUGAUUCGGUCAGCAAGUCUAGACGAGUUCCGAUGUUUGAGCGCGCCACUGAAUAUUUGACUUACAUGGUCAACAUAAUGACAAACCAAGGACAUCCAAUUCAUGUGAAUCGCCUUUCCUUCCGAAUCCUUAUCGGGGCGUGGGUACUGGUUGCCACGGUUUUAGUCAACUGUUAUUCAAGCACCAUUAUUUCUUACCUGACAGUCCCCAAAAUGAAAUCAGCCAUCAACACAUUCGAAGAUUUGGUGGCGAGCAAGGACAUCAAACUCAUUCUUCUAGCUGACUCCAUCACAAAGAAGCAGAUAUUGGAAGCUUCCUCUGGCGCACUAAAGACUCUUGGUGAUGAGAUUCGACAAAAUCCAGCUCGAAUGAUUAACAACUUAGAGAAGGUUAGCAUUCAGUUGGAAUCUGAACGUUAUGCUUUCCCAAGCCCACAAUCAUUUUGCGACAAUUUCGUCGCUAUUCAAUUUGAGAAGACCCGGAAUGAUCGUUUCAAAACAACAGGCCCUCUGUCAAUGACCAUCUUUCUGUCCAUGUCUUUGCAAAAGAACAGCAAGUUUACGCCAAUUUUUAAACAAGCUUUGUUGGAACUUUGGGAGACCGGACUGCCUCAAUUUUGGGUGAAAAACAGCAUUCCACGAGCGCCAGAGUAUUUUAAAAAUUCAAAAUUACAAGUCCAAAAAGUGCCCAUUCGUCUGGAGGAUCUGACUGGCGCCUUUUUAAUUCUUGGAAUUGGUUUCAGUCUAGCAACAUUCGCCUUUCUCGUUGAGACCAUUUUUCGCCUCAAAUCUAAUAGGGCGUAAUUCAUUGAUCCUAGAAAACCGUUAACGAACCUAUUUUAAACUUACAGCGUAUGCACUUUAGUUUCAUGGUAGAUCGAGUUUAAGUUCACUUUCUUGUUAAUCAACACGAAAAUUUAGGCUAUUUCAGCUGUUAGACCGCAUCAUGCUACGUAAAGUGGUCGUACAAUAUCUUGAACGCUAUUUGUGUCAUUACACAUGGUGCAAUCUAAGGCGCUAGAUCAAGGCAAUCUAAAGAGGAACGAAGUUGUGUUGUAAAGCUUUUAGAUAAUAUUAGAUUUUAA